AUGGCGCUCGCGGGUGUCGCCGCCGGGGCCACCGUGAUUAGCUCGAAGGCGAUCGAGAAGCGAUUGGACGACGAGAUCGCCCUCGCGAAAAAAAACGGCAUCGAUCUCGAGGAUUUGUAUUUUGACAUCGAUGUCCCAGGCGACGCGUACCCGUUCGGUGACGCCGAGGGAAUGGAUUGGGUGCCAAAGGACUGGAAGCCGCCAAAGAAGGGUGACGCUCGAUUUUUGCCAAACCGCAUGUUGGGCAACGUGCAGAUGAGGAACAAGAUGUUUGCGCUUUCAAAACAGUGUAAAGAGAAAGGAAUAGAUGUCGAGGACAUCUCUGUGCCGUUCGAUCAGUACGAGGGCGAGUUUGAUACGAACCAAAAGCGCAUGAUGGAGAUGAGGCGACGACUCGGCAUCUAA